UGUUUAUUUUUCUUUCUCUCGCCCUUUUCAGAUAAUGCGGUAGAGUACGUAAAAUUAUUUUAUGCUAAGUAGCGACACCACUAAACCACUUGUCCUGCCACUUAAACAAUACACCAAGGAUCCUAGUUUUCCCUACAAUUGCUUUAAAACGCUAGAAUUCGUGGAAAUAAAGGAAUUUUCUGCUUAAAAAUCUAUUGAAAAUAUCAUUUUUGUGUAUGAUUUUUUUAGGUUAAUCGUGUUUUACUCAGCUUUUGAGUUUGUCGCUUAAACCAAGCGUUGUACUAUAUGAGAGCGGUUGACUCUAUCCUUCAGUUCGGAGAAGGAUAAAAUUGAUAUCUAUUUUGUUUAAAAUAGAAAAAAAGGUUUUGAAUGAUAGCUUAGAAGAAUGCCAACUCGUCAGUCAAGGAAAGUUUCUUCCAAAUCACUCCCAACUUAUGUGAAUUCUAGUACCACAAGCUUAGUUAACAAAGAUGAUACUAGUAUUUCUGAGUAUAUGAAGCUUCGCUUACUUCAACCUCCUUCUAAAGUCAUAAAUACUUUAGAAAAUACUGUAUCUUUAUACAGGCGUUGCGAAAAUAUACGGAAGCGUUUACUACAAAUCCCAGGUCUUCAAAAUAUUCUGGAGUUUAUACAUUCCGUUGCUGAUGUUACUCCCUUUAAGAUUUUGCACAUUAAUGGAAUUCCGUACGAUGAUCCAGUAACUGAAUUGUGGUUGUUCUGCCGUUUCGGCUACCCUCUUUGCGCUUUAUACAAUGCAGUUUCCCCAGAACAACCCGUAAAUGUGAAUUAUUCAGUUACUUUGGAAAACACAAAUGCUUGUAAAGCGGAGCUCUAUAGGUUUCUGUUGAUGUGCAAAAAAAAUUUAGGGUUUGGGGAUAAUGUUCUCUUUUCCAUAUCUGAGAUCUUUAGCGAUUCUACUUCUUCAUUAAUAAAAGCACUGUGGACCGUUGAGACUUUGCUAGAUAAAUUUGAAAAUUUACCCACUAAUCCACCUGGUCGUCUUUUGGAAACUCCUAAAGAAAAAUCACCAGGUAUGCUUCAUUAUCUUAUAGAAAGUGGUCAAAGGGUUCUUGCAGAAAUUUACGAAACUGAAUUAAAGUAUAUUCAAGAUUUGGAAUUUCUGUCAGUCUUCAUGACUGCAUUGCAGCAGCGCAAAGUCUUAUCCCUUGAAACGAUACUGAAAAUCUUUACCAAUCUUAACGAAAUUCUUGAUUUUCAAAGAAGGUUUCUAGUUGGGUUGGAAAUGAAUCUGUCAUUACCACCCCAAGAGCAACGAAUAGGUGCAUUGUUUUUGGCUUUAGAAGAGCGCUUUUCUGUUUAUCAAGUAUUUUGUUUGAAUUACCCCACUGCUCAGCAAUUAAUCAUCGAUAAUCAAGCACAACUCAGCGAAUUGAGCUAUCUCUUGGAACCUUCUUACGAGUUUCCUGCGUUGCUAAUCAAGCCCAUCCAAAGAAUUUGUAAAUAUCCCCUUCUUUUGUCUCAGUUAAUUAAAAACACUCCUCUUAACUAUCCACAUGAAGAAGAAUUAAGACAAGGAAUGGCUUGUGUCGUACGUAUAGCUAAUAAAGUGAACGAAACCAGGCGUAUUCAUGAAAAUAAGACUGCGAUUGAUGAGCUUGAGCAGCGCGUUAUUGAUUGGAAAGGCUACUCAUUGAAUUUUUUUGGACAGCUUUUAUUAUGGGACGUCGUUAGCGUCUCUAAAGCCGAUAUAGAACGGGAGUAUUACGUCUAUCUAUUCGAAAAAAUACUUUUAUGUUGCAAAGAACUUUCCCCUUUAAAAAAGCAGGCACGCAGCAUAAGCAUAAAUAAAAAGCCAAAGAGACUAGAUACUCUUCAACUUAAAGGAAGAAUUUUGGUUUCUAAUGUUAUUGCCGUUGUUCCGAAUACAAAUGCCGAUCCUUAUGCCCUUCACAUCUUUUGGAGAGGUGACCCACAUAAUGAAUCUUUUGUAUUGAAGUUAAGGAAUGAAGAAAGCCAAAGGUUGUGGCUUUCAACUUUAAGCAGGCUCAUAAAAAAAACAGAUAGCUCUUCUAAAGACGUCCGUAACACAUCAUCUACUUCCUUAGGUCACCAUGGUUUGGAUAAUACCGGAUCUAUCAAGAUUGGUAGCCCUUCAAAACCAUAUUUAAUGCGCACACAUUCACUUGAUGAUACUAUGACUCAGACAUUAAACUUUUCAGCCCCGUUAUCCAAUCCUAGUCCGUUUUCUAAAAACGGCUAUUCUAGAGGAAAUCAACGUGCUAGUCCUGAUAAGCUUGGAUACCCAGAUUUACGCCUCAAUGGCGAGGACUUAGGCAGGUCCGUUUCCAGAAACUCGCAAACGGCUUCAGAGUUUGUCGGUAACGAUUCCUCAUCGACUGUAUCCAAUCCCUCGGGAGCGAGCCAAACUUCUCAUCUAAGUCAGGUGAAUUCGCUUUUAAGCGACUAUAACUAUAGUCGCUCAAAUAUUUCUAGACAGCACUCGCAAGUUGAUGAUUCAGAAUCUGGGAUUUAUGAGGAUAUGCCAGAUUUUUCCAAAAUACAGCAAAGUGAUCAUUCCAGUAAUCGAUUAUCUUACAAUGAUACGUACAAAUAUGACUCCGGAUCUGUUCCUCAUAGGGGUGAAUCGGAUACUUUAGAUGCAGCUUCUUUGGUAAGAAGCGAUCCAGUUAUGGUCCGUUUACAACUCCAUGAAGCGAGUUUUGUACUUGUUGUUCCGCGAAAUAUUAGUUAUGGUGAAUUGCUAGGCAAAGUGGAGCACAAGAUAAAGUUAAGUGGUAUUAUGAAGGAUGAUGGUUCAUUUAGGGUCCGGCUAAAGUAUAUAGAUGAAGAUGGUGAUUUUAUUACGAUUACUUCUGAUGAGGAUGUUUUAAUGGCAUUUGAGACAUGUACUUAUGAAAUCUUAGAUCCAAAACAAAACAAGGGCAUGAUUACUACAACCUUACACGUUGUUUAUUAUUAAGCUUUGCUAAUGACUAGAUUGCAUAUUAUUGAUCUUAUUUAUAUAGAGGAAUUUAGCAUACAUUACAAUAAAAUUUUCAAAGUAUAUGGAGUGAGCGUAUCGAUGAAAAUGAAAAGAUUCCC